GUUCUUAUUUUGGUAAAACUCUAUAUACAAUAUCAAGGCUCCAAAGUUGUAAGAAAAUACAAGAUUACAUGAUAAAAGCUAUUGAACCACCAAUAAAUUCAGAGUCAGACAUUUACGUUCUUUUUGCUACUGCUAAUGAAUUUACUCUAAUUCAGCUAAUUGAUCGCUUUAAGGAAUUUGUAAAUCUACCAAACACAGGCAAUCUAGUCAUUGAAGAAGUUGAUGUUUGGAAAUGUUUUGAUUAA